GCCGGGCGCCCCGCAGCUCCGCGGUGGACAGCCGCACGGGCUCCAGGGUGGCCAUCAAGAAGCUGUACCGGCCUUUCCAGUCCGAGCUGUUCGCCAAGCGCGCUUACCGCGAGCUGCGGCUGCUCAAGCACAUGCGGCACGAGAACGUGAUCGGGCUGUUGGAUGUGUUCACUCCUGACGAGACCCUGGAGGACUUCACAGACUUCUACCUGGUAAUGCCGUUCAUGGGUACCGACCUGGGCAAGCUCAUGAAGCAUGAGACUCUGAGUGAGGACAGAAUCCAGUUCCUUGUUUAUCAGAUGCUGAAAGGGCUGAAGUAUAUCCAUGCCACUGGUGUCAUCCAUAGGGACCUCAAGCCUGGCAACCUGGCUGUGAACGAAGACUGUGAACUGAAGAUCCUGGACUUUGGCUUGGCUAGACAGGCAGACAGUGAGAUGACAGGAUAUGUGGUAACUCGGUGGUACCGGGCACCUGAGGUCAUCUUGAAUUGGAUGCGCUACACACAGACAGUGGACAUCUGGUCAGUGGGCUGCAUUAUGGCGGAGAUGAUUACCGGGAAGAUACUGUUCAAGGGCAGUGAUCACCUGGACCAGCUGAAGGAGAUCAUGAAGGUGACAGGGACACCCCCUGCUGAGUUCGUGCAGAAGCUGCAGAGUGACGAGGCUAAGAACUACAUGAAGGGUCUUCCUGAGCUAGAGAAGAAGGAUUUUGCCUCUGUCCUGACCAAUGCAAGCCCUAAGGCUGUGGAUCUCCUGGAGAAAAUGCUGGUGCUGGAUGCCGAGCAGCGGGUAACUGCAGUGGAGGCCCUGGCCCAUCCCUACUUUGAGUCUCUGCAGGACACAGAGGAUGAGCCCAAGGCCUUGAAGUACGAUGACUCCUUCGAUGACGUGGACCGCACCCUUGAGGAGUGGAAGCGUGUCACUUACAAAGAAGUGCUCAGCUUCAAGCCUCCCAGGCACCUGGGGGCCAGGGUCUCCAAGGAGACAGCUCUGUGAUCAUCUCUGGCUGCCAUGGGGACACCCUAAGAGCUUGGGCUUCAAGGUGCCAUCUCUCCUUCCUGAGAGGGGAGCCCACAGUACCAUCCUGGACUUUACUUGAAGUCUACUUGAAGAAAAUGAGUCCCUCCUCCCCAAGCCUGCACUCUGGGGUCCCCAGCUAGCCUUGCUGGCCAUCUUGAGCUUUCUGUACAGAAUUCUUACC